AUGAAUUCCGAAACUCAAAGCACAAGCACAGAGCCAAAGCUCAUUCAAAGGCCCAAACGCAAACCACGUCCAGAAUGGGUUAACGGAAAUGCAAGCCCUCCAAAAAAUGGGAGAAAACACACACCUAAAAAAGAAAGUAUCCAUAAAGACCCCAACCAUCUUCUCCCUAAAACGCGUCCGCAAACAACCGAUCGGAACCUCACCACCGAAGAUGCGGUCGAGGGCACUGAAGCCUUCCAGACGCGCAUUGCUGAGAUUACCUCCUUCCGCGUCGUCUCGCGUGUCCGGCCCUUUAUAUCAGAGGAGCUGGAAGAGAUGCAGGGCCAGGAACGGCGUUCCAUUGUGGAAAUGAUCGACGACAAGACGGUGCUGCUCGAUCCAAAAGACAACUGGUCACCGAAGGCGCAGUUCGAGUUUGAUGCCUCCCUCUGGUCCAUCCCGCCUUCGCAUAACUUGGUCUAUACUUUUCAAGACACCCGUCGCAAGAGCUACGCGACUCAGAAAGAUGUCUAUCAGUACAUCGCCAAGGACCUCGUUCCGCAUGUCUUUAAUGGCUUCAACAGCUGCAUCCUGAGCUACGGCCAGACGGGUAGCGGGAAGACAUACACAAUGAUGGGGAUCUACAACCCGAAUGUAUCUUGUGGUGGUGAUGGCCAGGAGGGAAUUAUCCCACGCGUUUCGAACGAUCUUUUUAUUCUAUUGAACGAGCGCAAGGAGUUGGAGAUGGAGAAGCCAUCGUCCAAUCGCUGUCGGUAUCGUGUGGAGGUCACUUUUAUUGAGAUAUAUAUGGAACGCGUUCGGGAUUUACUUGAUCCCUCAUUGCGUAACUCGAAGGGUAAUGAAAAGCUACAGGACGCGAGGAUCCGUCAGGACCCCUAUAGUGGCCCCUUUAUCGAGGGCGUCACGAAGUACCAGGUCGAGAACUGGGCUCACUGCUGCACCCUUCUUGAGCGCGGGUCGCAGCACCGCACGACGUGCGCGACUGCGGUGCACAACCAGUCCAGCCGAAGUCAUGCUAUCUUCCAACUUACUCUAGUACAGGAGCAAAUCAAACCACCCAAGGACCGCUACUCGAAGCCUACGACGAUAACCCGGGCGGGUCGGAUCAACCUCGUCGACCUCGCUGGCUCCGAGCGCGGGGGUUUCCAAGACUAUGUGAAGGAGUCGGCCGCCAUCAACACCUCCUUGUUGGCCCUCCGCCGUGUGAUCGACAACCUCACGGAGCGGCAGAACAUCCUCAUCGAGCAAGCAAAGGUGGAGAUCACCGGGGGGUACUUCCAAGAGCGCAUUCUCCCCCAGGUGCCCUUCCGUGAUAGCGUGCUCACGUGGCUGCUAAGCGAUAGCAUCGGCGGCAACGCACGGACGACGAUGGUGGCCACCGUCAGCCCUUUAGUAAAAAACUACGGCGACACCCUCGCGACGCUGCAGUGGAGCAGCAAAGCGCGCAAUCUCGUGACCCUCGUCAAGAUGAACGCCCAGACAAUGGUUCAGAGCGGCAUGGCCAACCACGUCGACGUGCUUGGCAAUGCCGUGCAGACCCAGCGCAAUAACCUAGACUGCCUCCGGCAAACCCUGCGUGAGAAGCAAGAAAAGGCAGAACGCAUUGAACAUGAGACAAACGGGUUAAAAAGGACAAUGGUGAAGAACAACCAACUCAUUGAGAAGCUGAAUAAGGAGCGUGCUACCCUUGUCGUGGGUCGUGGGCUUUACCGCUUGUUGUAUGCCAAUAGGCUACUAUCGCGAAAGAAGCACUACCAAAAGUUACAGGACUUGCAGGGCAAUGACAACGUCACAAAGCUCAAGAAACUGCGCGAUGAUACCACUGCAAAGGAGGAAGAUGCUAAACGGCGCCUUAAGAAUCUGGAAAAACAAGCAAUCAGCCUGAUGGCCAAGAUUACAGAUCUGGAACGCGGGAGACCAAUUGUGUUGAACCAGAUAUCCGAAGCCACACCUAUCUAUGAUGAAAAAUGCAAAAAACUAAACGUCAACGAGAUUCUCAAGAGGGACAACGAAGAAAUGCAGGCUGCAGUGAGCAAGGCGAGGACACAGCUGGAUGAAAUCAAGCAAUCUGUCACUGAUCGUCUGAAUCAAGUGGAUAUUGCAAAGGCCAUGAUCCACGAUAGCAAGAAGCCAGGAUGGCUAGAACAAAUCAAGAAGGAUGGCGAUGAAAUACCUGCUUUGUGGGAGAAAUACGAUAAGGUCAAGCAAAGACAUAAUACCAUGUCAAACCUUCUUCAACAAGUACGUGCGAAGCAUAGGAAGGUAUAUGGUUAA